GUAGGCUACAUGUAGUCUGGAUGAUCCUGCAUGGUCAAAGCAGUCCCUCAACGGAGUGGCUUCUUUUUUUCGCUGUUUCCUGGUACAGUUUUCCUCUGCGUUUGGACUGUUUUCUUCCUGAGCCAGGUCUGCUACAGGUCUGUUUUUCCACCUGGGGAGUUCCUCCAUCGGGCACGCAAAGAUUCCUGUGCUUCCUCGCCUGUUAGGCAUUGUGACCUCCGGAGGCGCAAAAACACCCACAAACAGACAUGAAGUUGCACAGAUAUCUGCUCUGGAGUCUAUUGAUGCUCACCGUAGCAAUUAUCAUUAUCAUAUCAUAUGUGUACAUGAUCAAUGGCAAUCCUGGCAGUCCUAGUGCUGUGCAGGUGAAGGCAGUCAACAAAACUCACAUUAUUUUAUUGUGGAACUGGCCGUUUGGAACUCCAUUUAGUCUGGAACGCUGCCAAAAAGAGCAUUCCAAUUGUAUCAUGGUGGCUAAUCGGUCUCGAUUUCCCGAGGCAGACUUUGUGGUCUUUCACAACUGGGAGCUGGCCCUUUCUCAUACUGAACAGUUGCCUUUGAAUCUCAUACGUCCAGAGAAGCAGAGGUGGGUCUGGUUGACCGCGGAGAGCCCACUGUUCAAUGGGAAUCUGAAGCCCUUGAAUGGAUACUUUAACAUGACUAUGACCUACCGCCGUGAUUCAGACAUUUACGUGCCUUAUGGAAUGCUGGUGCCAAAAAACAAUGUGUCUGAAGAGCCUCUUGAGAAUUUCAUUCCAAAGAACAAGGAUAAGUUGGUUUGUUGGAUAGUCAGCAAUCAUAAUCCAAAGUAUUUGCGAACGGCUGUAUACGAAAAGCUGAAAACGGUGAUACCAGUGGAAGUGUACGGGAGAGGGGGUAAAGGGCGCAUACCUGCAGAGGAUUUGUUAUCCACAAUCUCUCGCUGUUACUUCUACCUAGCCUUUGAAAAUUCUGUCUAUAAAGAUUACAUAACAGAGAAGUUAUGGUACAAUUCCUACAGCGGUGGAGCUGUGCCUGUAGUUCUUGGUCCUAGUCGGGAGAAUUAUGAAGCAGUGACAGACAAAGAUUCUUUCAUCCAUGUAAAUGACUUCAAUACCGUAGAGGAGCUUGGAGUUUUCCUUAAGAAUCUAGCUGCGGAUAAGGAGCGCUAUGCCUCAUACUUCAGCUAUAGACGUAAAUACGAAGUUCGGAGGUAUGAGUGGUGUAGUUGGUGUAGUAGAAUGUGUAAACUCUGCCCCACAUUUAGCAGCUUGCCACCAUAUAAGGUAUAUGAGCACUUGGAUGCUUCGCAGAAUGUAUGA